AUGUCAACAUGGGAUCUUUUCAAGACAUACUCGCCUGGCGCGGCCGAAGCUCAGCCGAUGUCGCCAUCGCCCACAGAUUCCCAACCGAGUGGCACCAGCAUGCCUUUGACUUCAGAGAUUGUCCACUUACUCACGACGUACCAAACUGGCGUUGCGACCUGGAUGGACUUGUUUGACCGCGAAUGCACCUACCAACGCGAAGUCCUACGUCGAUGCACAACGUCUGAGCUGCUGGUAUAUAGCGUGUGCGCUUUUACCGCGAAACACCUGAGCCUCCUGCCCUCUGGAGAGGUCUGGGCCAACCCAGCCGGUCGCUACUACAGCAAGGCGCUGCAGAUACUGAUCAGUUGCAUUGGCAACAGGGCUGCUGCGCACCAAGAAGACACGUUGACCUCGACCAUGCUGCUGAGCAGCUACGAGAUGAUUGCCAGCCAAGAGGAGGAGCAUAGCCAUCAUUUCUACGGCGCCAUGCUGCUGAUGGCGAAUCGUGGAGUCAGUGCCUCGUCAGCCGGCGUGGACCUCGCCAACUUUUGGAUCUAUAUUCGCCACGAGAUCUUUGUGGCGCUGGUCAAUGAGGCGCCGCUGCAAAUAAGUCCCGACAAGUGGAACGUCAGAUGGCGAGAGGGCGAGACUGACGAGCACAUGCUUGGGAACCAGGUCCUUUGGCUUGUUGGUAGAGCUAUCAAUGUCCUCUACUGGAAAGAGCCGGCGUCAGAUACACGGCAGGAUAUCCUUGCGGACGCUGCGCGGUGGAAGCAAAGCUUGCCAGCAUCUUUUCAUGGUAUAAAAUACGGUGAGCCUGACGACCACGAAUUUUGCAAGAUCUAUUUUGCGCUUCCGGCAGCUGCGGCCGCGAUGCUGUUAUUCCACCUCCUGCAUCUCUUAUUGCUCGCCGAGCCUACAGUGCAGGAUUCUAGUCAUAUCCCAGAGAUAGAACAUCAUGCGUCAGAAAUUGCUAUCAUAGGGCUAUCGGAUAUUUGCCAGUGCGUGCGCAAUUUCUCGGUGCAGGCACUGUUCUUCGCUGCCAAGCACAUUACCGGCAUCGGCAAGAAGUUGAAGCUGUGGAAUGUGCUGGUCGAUAUCGAAGUCCACCUUGGUUUCAGCACCCGGAGCCGUAUAAAGAGGCUCGAGCAGCUUCUGGCAGCGAGCGCGUGA